AUGCCCUCCAUUGAUGAGGCUAUGGCGCGAAGCCUUCGAGGCAGCGCUUGGGAAAUCGUCAAGGACAAAUUCGUCAGAACUAUUGUCUCUGACCUUACACGACGAGAUAUGCUCGCUGAUGCCGCACAAACGACCGACAAUGUUUCACAAGCUUCCGACGAUUUUGCAACUGCCAUCUCUAGUUGGGACAAUUGUAUGAGUGUAGUGUGGUGCAAGUGGCCGGUGAUUGGUGUUAUGAUCCUCGGAGGUCUCAUUAUCUUUAGUAUUCUCUGGUGCAUCAUUCGCUGCUGCUGCUGUGGGCUCUCGUGCUGCUGUAGCUGCUGCCAGUGCAUGAAGUGUUGCGGUAACUGCUGCGGUGCUUGUGAUCCUCCUGGCAGUCACACGAAGCACCUUGACGACCCUUACCCUCCUCAGCCUCAACACCAUGGAUACCGAACUGAACCCCCAAUGAAUCCCUCGGUACCUGAGUAUGGGGUUUCUAAACCUAUUCGAAACGAGCCACCUCAAUAUGCUGAAUACGAAAUCAGUAAGAAGGAUGAUGACGCCUUACCCGAAAUGCCCAGCUCCGAGGGCAAGAAGGUCCAAGUCUAUACCGAGGCUGUUGAGUUGGAUACGUUCUCUAAACCACCUCCUAGUCAACAUAGUAUGGCGGGAACUCCGUACAGUCAACCUCAAGGCAACUCCAGUGGCUACCUGGGCUCUGGACAAGCUACUGAUCCUUACUCGCCCCUCGACCAGCAAGGUUACGGCUAUCAACCUCCCCCGCCUAAUCAAGUCUAUGCUCCUGCUGCUAUCGCUCCCAUGCCGCAUGAGCGUCGCUCUCCAGCCUUAAAUCAGAAUCCUUAUGGUAACCAAAGCUACGGCCACGACCAAGGAUUUGAACAAGUUCCGGGCUUUGGCCAGAUGCAAGGGCAUGGUCAAACGCACAACUACGGUCAAGGUGCCUCACCUCAGGAUUCCGCAGCAAACUAUGGAGGAUACCGAGCAAGCCCUUCACCCCGCCCUGCUCAGCGACUUUCAAUGCAUCAGGAUGAAUUUGGCUCGUACGGAAAUCUUCCUCCACGCCGCUCUCCAGCUAUCCCUGACGAUUAUGGCUACAAUGCACCUGUCCGCCAUUCGCCUGGCCCCCAGAAUGAUUUUGGCUAUGCUCAACCACCCCGUCAAUCGCCUGCUCCUAUGAACAACUACCAAACACCAACACCAGGUCCGGAGGGUAAUUACGGUCCUCGGCCCGUGCCCCAACGGCAACAAUUGCUUGAGUCUCAGUCACCCGUCAGCUACGAGCCUCAGCAGCCUUACCCAGGUUUCAAGCCAUACCAACCAUAA